UGUUGAAGAGCUCAUACAUGUGAUGUGUGCAAGCUGAGGUGGACAGACAGACAGGAUCCCAGGAUUAAAGCAUAAUGGCGCUCAUGUCUAUAGCUUCAAAACCACAUGGGACUCUUCUGUUUUUGGUCUGUCUGUAUCUAAUGGUCUCAACUCUGCAGACCCAGGUACAAAAAGAACAGAAACAUGCUGCAAGGCCGACUGCAUCAACUCUACCGACAGAAUUACAAACCACUGCCUACACCAGAGCAGAUCCUGGCCUUGGAGAUGGGGGAACAUUUGGCUGUGCUAACAUGAGCAUCUGUGAGGCAUACUGUUCAUUAUGUGUGAACAGUUCAUUGAAAACUCAAGGAUGCUAUGAAGUUCUGGUGCACAUUUGUACAUAUCAUUUCAAUGCGUCUAUGGGAUCUAUAAACAGUACUGACUGGUGUUCUUUGGAGAGAGUAAAAAGUGCAUACAACAAUUUCACUGUGUGUACUGAGAUUGCUGCUGAAUGUCUGCUGAUUCCCUGGCCGAAUACGUUUGUUGAAAACAUGUUUGUGGUAAUCCACACCGCCUAUUUUCAAGAAUGCCCCACAGAGGCACUGAGGGACCCCCCUCCCGGCAUCAUCCUUGCCCUGGUCAUGACCCCCAUAUGCCUAAUUCCUGCCAUGGUGGUCUUAGUUGUUCUCAAGACUAAAAAUGGAGACAGGCGGUCCUAGAGAAGAUUCCAGGUGCAAGAAGAUUUUGUUCUUAUUUCUUCUUCUGCUUCGUUUCUUCUUCAUUCGGGAUGGUAUCCCACUCUGGGAUAAUGUCCUGGCCCAACACUCCCCUGCAAUGAAUGUGCACCUGGUUGGCUCCAGGUUCAAAUUAACCAGCAUGCAGGAUGAGCAUCUAUUCUGGGGGUGACUUCUGACUGGAAAAUGUUACUGUACUUAAAUGAAAUAAUUGGUGGUUAGAAAAGUUUAUCAUUAACCUGAUGUGCAUUUCAGAUCAUUCAAAUUGUUAUGACAAUCACAUCUACAAACUGCACAUAUAGGUUUUCAGGAUGUAAAUGCAUAAUCUAAUGAAGUAUAAAAUGUGAAAUGGCAAUGGAAAAAGGUUCAUUUGAAGCUGUCAAAUGUACAGCAUACUUAACCAGGUGGACAGAACAUCACAACACAGAACACAAACUGAUUUGAGUGUCCACCUUAUGCACUGUCUGAAAUAUUAAACCUACAUUUUAAUGUAUAGAUUUUGUUGUUAGUUUGGUGACAAGAGCUGUUUAGCUGACUCUGAGCAUAUUGUCUUUGUGAUUUUUUUUUCUAUUUUGACACAAGUCAUAAAGAUUGACUUUUUAAAUUUAUUGUGACAAUCAUUGAAGAAUUAAGCAUAAAUGAGACAAAUGCAUGACAAAACAAAGCCAAAUGAAAGUGUCCAUUUCAACAGGCCGCUCAAUGAAUAUCUGUUUAUUUAUAUAAGUUAAUGACGUACAAAUUGUAUGUCAGAAAAUGGAGAAAUAUUGCCUAGACUGUAAUCUCCACUUGCAUUGUCUAUGCUAAUUUUACUCUGCCCUUUACACAGAACUGCAUUGUAAUUUACUUAGCAAUAUAAUUACCAUAUCAAUGUGGCCACAUGAAUGAGAUUUCUGUUUGUGUUUUAUAAUUAUUUCAAUAAUGGAUUAUUUUAAGUGAAUGAGAGCAUUGUUUUCUCUCUAAAUCUGUUUCACAUCACUUAUACUAGAAGAAAAAUAGUGUAUGUCUAAAGAUGUGACAUUUUAUUCAACCACUUUAAGAGCCAUGUGAAUAAAUGUAUACUUCACCUUUUACUUUGAUUGAAAAUGUUUUUAUACAAUUAAACCACAUGUUUUAAGUCUAUCAUUGUGAUUUUAGUAAACGUG